UAUAAACACAGAUGAUAAUGGUAAGCUUUAAGCUUGGCCUCAAAAGGUAAUGACAGAGACCUAAACCGUUCCUCAUGGCAACAGAUUCUAGUUAACACGAAAGAGAAUCUCUCUCUUUCUAACUGUGGGACUGUGAUGAGAAUAAGCAAAUGACAAUGCCGGAGCUAGGGUUUCAAGGUCAGGACCAGCUGAGAUUGAGGUACAGAGCUCGCGAUGUUAGCCCCGACUCUGUGAUCUUCACCGUCGAAUCCAACUUCAGUCUCUUCUCUUCCGCUUCUGGAAGCGUCGAUCGUUGCUCCUUCGCGUCUGAUGUCCACGAUCACGACUCUCUGGUCUCCGAGAUCUCUCAGGAUUUGGCAGGACAUGAUCAGGGUGAGGCUUCGAGCGGUGUAGAUCCAGAUUCAAACAAAUCAACAGUACACAAGAACUGUUACCUUAGCAGAAAAGUGGGAAAAGCAAAAGUUCAAAAAGAAGACGACGAGGGAGAGACGGAGGACGAAAUUCAAACCCUGCAUUCACCUAGAAACUUCUUCUCUCAAGCUCUCAAAGAAUGUCAAGACAGGAGAUCCAGAUCUGAAGCUCAUUUGAAAAAGUCGGAGAGGCGAAGACCUGCUUCGCUAGAUCUGAACAUUUCUAUAAGCAAUGCCACAAGCUCCUCCCCGCGGAUUGCAAUCAUGAAGAAAAACUCUGUUUUGACUCGCCGAACUGGUACGUUCCCAAGCCCAGGAACACCAAAUUAUCAGCACACUAGUGUUGGGAUGCAGAAGGGUUGGAGCUCAGAACGUGUGCCGUUGCAUACCAAUGCCAACCGGAGGCAUGUUGGUGCUGCAUUGUUGCCUUUCAAUAGCGGGAGGACUCUGCCUUCCAAAUGGGAAGAUGCUGAGAGGUGGAUUUUCAGUCCGGUUGCAGCAGAUGGUCCGGUGAGGCCUUCAUUUACACAGCCUCAGAGGCGGCCCAAGUCCAAGAGUGGGCCUCUUGGACCUCCUGGAAUGGCAUACUACUCACUGUAUUCACCUGCUGUGCCAAUGCUUGAAGGAGGAAAUAUUAGGAGUUUGAUGGCUAGAUCUCCGUUUUCAGCUGGGGUGAUGGCAACAGAAGGUUUGUCAAUUCGGUGUGGUGGAAGUCGUGGGGCAGGCGGAAGUUUCCCUGCACACAUGGAGCCUUGCAUGGCAAGGUCAGUCAGUGUACAUGGGUGCUCUGAACUUUUGAAUCAAUCUUCCUUGGCUGGCACCCAAGAGGAGAUUGAUGGUGUUAAGGAUGCAGCCACCGAUAUUUCUCGAGAUGUUUCAAGAAGGGAUAUGGCAACCCAGAUGAGCCCCGAGGGUAGCCUCCACUCAUCUUCCCAAAGGAAUUUAUCUUUCUCUCCCUCAACUCCAUCUGUCCUCCCCAUUGUGGAGCUGCAGAGUGUCCAUUCUCCAAAAUCAGAAGUGAGAGAUGUGCAGGUUGAUGAACGGGUCACUGUGACCAGAUGGUCUAAGAAACAGAGAGCUCGAUUUCCAGGGAAGGGUUCAGAAAAUAUUGAUGCCUGGAAAAGGAAAGCUGUGGGGGCUCGAUCUUCUGCUUGGGAAGUUUCAGAAACCACAAAUAGCAUUUCAAAAUUUACAAGGGAGGAGGCCAAAAUCACUGCAUGGGAGAACCUGCAGAAGGCAAAAGCAGAGGCAGAAAUGCGUAAGCUAGAGAUGAAACUGGAAAAAAAGAGAUCGUCAUCUAUGGAUAAGAUAAUGAACAAACUGAGGUCAGCUCAAAAGAAGGCACAAGAAAUGAGGAGUUCAGUGUUAGCCAAUCAAGCUCAUCAAGUUGUCAGAGCAUCCCAUAAGGCCAUAUCUUUCCGCAGGACCCGCCAGAUAAGUUCCUUGAGUGGCUGCUUUACCUGUCAUGCUUUUUAGCGCCUCAUUCAGCUGUCUGAUUGCCCUUUUAAACAGCCUCAAUUGACAGAUAUGAGUUGGAUGACUGGAGUAGGAGAAGGCGAAUGAAUGGUGAACAGUGCAGAGCAAUUGAUGUUUCGACACUUAAAUUGGUAACUCGGUUUUCUAGCCGCAUCAAGCACCAUUACCUCAACAAAGAUCUUCAGAUGAUAAGCAAUAUCCACCCUCUGUAGCAUUUUUGGAAUUUAAUCCAUUUUUAGUGAAUUUGUCUAAUAAUGCCUGUACGUGUGUAAGUAUGUAAACAACUUUAGUGUUACCAAAUCUUGAAAAAACAGUGUAGGUAUUAUUCUGGUUGGGCUCGCUCUUUUUCCAGAGAUUUGGAAUUAUAAGUAUGCAAAUUUCUUGCAUGUUAUUGUUUACUAAUAUUCUUUCCAUAUUUAUGGAGUUGCUGUGCAACUAUACGAAA